AUGACAGCAAAUGCAUUAUCUUUUGAAUCACCUGUUCCGAAAAUUUACAAUUUCCUACCAAUCUCUAAAGCUGAACUUGAUGAGGUCUUGGUUGUAUUGUUUACAGGUCCAAAACAGCCAGUAAAAGAUGACUUGAAACGUACACCAUUUUUAAUCCGCAAAAAGAACAUCAAGGAUGCACUUGACUGGUUAAUUUUGAAUCACUCUGACUAUGCACAGGUGACAGUGAGUGAGGAAAAUUUGGCAGAAUAUGACGAUGAUGAUAUACCAGUAACAAUCCAGUACAAGGAGACCUUGUCUGCAAAAACGAGUGGAACACCUGCUGUUAACAAUAUGGAAGAAGAGGAUGGCACAGAAGAAGGAGAAUGUCCAUUUAUUAUGCAUGGUCUAACUGGCACACAAAUGGAGGAAAUGUCUAAUAGUGCUUUGAAAACACUAGCACUGCAGUAUUUCAACCAAUCUGGCAAAGUGCUUGGAAUUGGUCAGGCAUCUAAAUUUGAGUCCAUAUGGAAUAACCCCCAGCUAUACCCUUCAAUGUUUCCCUGGUUGUUUCCAUAUGGCUUGGGUGGGAUUGGUUCUGUUUACCGGAUGUCACCAACUGCUCACAAGAAAUGGCUUCUCAUGUACCAUGACAAGCGGUUUCAAACUGAUGCUGCCUUUUCAUUCAUUGCUUUUAGUCAUGAACAAAUAAUGAGAAGUUCAACUCGUGCUUUGCUAUUGACAGAGAAGUCAAAGUUUGCAGCUAUCACAGAGCGUAUCAUGAACUUGGAUGAAGAUGUCCUUGCCUCAAUAGCAACAAGAAUGGCUAAUGGUGAGCAGAUAAAGCCUGAAACUACAGAGGAGAAGAACUGUUUUGACAUUGUUAAGGAUCUUGAUCAUGUUGCUGCUGGUGUCAAUGGUUCAUCAACAUCAAAGAAGUAUCAACGAAAUGAAAUAUGGUCAUUAAUCUACCGAAUUGGAAGUCCACUGUGGUACAUCACAUUGUCACCAGUUGAUACAAAACAUCCAAUUUGCAUCUACUAUGCUGGAACUGGGGAAGUAUUUGAGCCCAUCAUGCCAGCAGAUCAGCGAAUGCGUGUUGUCACCUCCAACCCUGUGGCAUGUGCUAGAUUUUUCAAAUUCAUGGUUUUGAAAAUGAGCAGUGUGAGGGAAUAUAUGGUGAUGUUGAAGGAUAUUAUGGCACUGUUGAACAACAAGGUAGAUUGA